AUGCCCUUCUCCCGCCGUCCCAAGACCCCAGAGGUCUCACACGACCUCAGCAACGACAACGACAACACGGCCGCGGCAAUCACCACCCACGACAGCAACAACUCCUCGACAGACGCCGCCGCCGAAAAGAAGACGGCCGCCAUGCCGUCCCACAACGGCUUCGGCAAGCUCGGCGACGACGAGCACGACCUGCACGCCCGGAACGGCGCGCCCACGGCGGCGCGGGGCGUCGCGGCCGACGGCGAGGACGACGACGACGACAACAACAGCGUCCUCGAGGGCACCGCCACCGAGUACCGCACCUACAAGCGCCGCUGGUUCGGGCUGGCCCAGUUGACGCUGCUCAACAUCAUCGUGUCGUGGGAUUGGCUCACCUUCGCCCCCGUAGCCUCGAAUGCGGCGACCUACUUCUCCGUCUCCGAGUCCGCCAUCAACUGGCUCUCCACGUCCUUCCUCUUCGCCUUCGUCGCCAUCUUCCCCCUGACCAUCAAGAUCCUCCACAAGGGUCCCAAACCCUCCUUCAUGACCGCCGCCGCCCUCAUCCUCGUCGGCAACUGGGUCCGCUACGCCGGCGCCCACUCCCGGUCCGGCGGCAACUACGGCGUCGUCAUGUUCGGCCAGAUCCUCACCGGCCUCGCCCAGCCCUUCGUCCUCGCCGCCCCGACACGCUACUCGGACCUCUGGUUCACCAACCGCGGCCGCGUCGCCGCCACCGCCCUCACCUCCCUCGCCAACCCCCUCGGCGCCGCCCUCGGCCAGCUCAUCGUCCCCUUCUGGGUCGCCUCCCCGGCCGACGUCUCCUCCGGCGUCCUCUGGGUCUCCGUCAUCUCGACCGUCGCCUCCCUCCCGGCCUUCUUCAUCCCCGCCCGCCCCCCGUCCCCCGUCGCCCCCUCCUCCCAGACCCUCAAGCUCGGCAUCAGGGACUCGUUCCGCCUCAUCUCCCGCUCCCUCGAGCUCUGGCUCGUCCUCGUCCCCUACGCCUUCUACGUCGGCUUCUUCAACUCCAUCUCCUCCCUCCUCAACCAGAUGAUGAACCCCUACGGCUUCUCCGACGAGGAGGCCGGCAUCGCCGGCGCCCUCCUCAUCGUCGUCGGCCUCGUCGCCUCCGCCAUCACCUCCCCGAUCCUCGACCGCACAAAGGCCUUCCUCCUCGCCAUCAAGACCGCCGUCCCCGUCAUCGGGAUCUGUUACCUCGUCUUCGUCUGGAUGCCCGAGACGCGCAACAUCGCGGGGCCCUACGUCGUCCUCGCCAUCCUCGGCGCGUCCUCCUUCUCCCUCGUCCCCGUCGCCCUCGAGCUGCUCAUCGAGCUGAGCCACCCCAUCAGCCCGGAAGUCACGAGCACCAUUGCCUGGGCCGGCGGCCAGCUCCUCGGCGCCAUCUUCAUCAUCAUCUCGGACGCGCUGCAGGCCGGCGACACGGCCGACCCGCCCAGGAACAUGAAGAACGCGCUCGUCUUCCAGGCCGUCGUCGCGCUGGUCAUCGUGCCGCUGCCGCUGUUCCUGGGCCUGUUCGGCAGGGGUGACAGGGUGAGCCUGCGGCGUGUCAGGUCCGACGAGGCGGGGCAGCGGGCGGCGUAG